CGUCUUCCCCCACCAACACAUACCUGUGCUCAGAUCGCGAUCAUCGUAGACCUACUAGCCAAGUCAGACUACUAAGUCAUGGCAACAACUGCUACGAUGGAGCCGUAUUCUUCAUAGGGGUAAUUUUUCAAAAACAAGAUGGCCGCACAACAACACGCCGGGCCACCGUCGCUGCGGCAGGCUCGUUUCAUCCUCGGCUUUCCAGCUGAAGAUGACAUCACGGAAAAUGGAGUCCAGAAAGCCUACAAGCGUCUUGCUUUAUGAUUCAUGUCGAUGGUGGAGAGUCGAUACUUGAUAAUUUUUUUUGAGGUAUAUUGUUCACAUAGAUCAACAUCAAGGAGUCUACUCUGUCUCCGUUCAUUUUCAAAGUCACAGAGUCUUUUCUCUCCAUCCAUCCUCCUAUAUUUUUUUAAAGAUGGACUGUUGAUUCUGGACAGAAUAGAUUCUGACUACAACUACUUACAUGAACUUAAUCUACAGCAAGAAUAUCUAGUGUAGUUCUAAGCUUUCUGGUCUUCCAUCCGGACAAGAAUCUCGAUGAAUCAGAGGUCGCCAAGGGAAAGUUUCAGCAGGUCGUUGCUGCGAGAGACGUGCUGGUGGAAUAUUGCAGACGAAAUAAAUCGAUUCUACAUCGAAUAGUGUACGAAGCAACAACAGGGAGAUGGGAGAAAAAUGCACAACAAGGACAAGGUGGUUCCUAUGGUGGUGCUGGUCCAACUGGAGGACCAGGUAGUUUUUCUGCAGGUAGUUCCGCGAGUGGAUCUUCCCAAACCAGUGGAGGCGGUCAUAAUUUCACAGGUUGGCAAGGGAAUCAUCCGAACUUUACUCCUGGAGGGUUUAGUACACGUCCUUCAGCCCACCCGGAUGGGCAGUGGAAAAAGGCAGCAGCGGAUGCGGCAAGAAAUUACAAGGAAUCGUUUUUUCCAGAUGGUGUGAAUUUCCCCAAUUCUGGAGGUCCAUCGUUUAAUCAAGGUCCCUCAUUUCCACAGCCCUUUGGAGGACCAACUACUACAAGAACUACGAGUACAGCAAGGCCCCACAGUGCAGGAGGUGUAACCACCAGUCGAGGAACUGGAACAACGAGUGGCGAUCAAUACACCUCCACCUCAUCUGCAGACAAUAAAGUCCGUACUACGGUCUUGAAGCAUCAAGUUGUGUGGGAAUGUGCAGCAUGUAAGGUGAGUGACAUAGCAGCCUACCUAUCGAAUCAGAGGAAAGCGUGUGUGCAUAUCCAGCACGGCCAUAAAUGCUUCUGCGGUCAUCCAUUCUCGGGUCACAAACUUGUGAAACAGCCGAGUGCGUACAACGACUCUUUUGGAGGGGGGAAUCAGGGGUACUUGUUUAAGAGUUGAACUUUCUUCUUGCAGUAACCUUCAAUAUCGCAUGAAUGAUUAAUAUCACUUGAAGUAGAGCUCAAAUUUAACCAAAGUAGUAUCACUUGAAGUAGAGUUCCAAGUCUGUCAAACAAUUUUAUCUAGCGACACCACGUUCAAAUCUCAUCUCCUACAGGAAAACCUACAAAUGUACCGACUGUGCCUGUGAGAAUUUCCAGUAUGUCCCGAAUGGCUGGCUCUGUUCCUGUGGACACGGUCCCGAAGAUCACAGCCCUCUGCCUCCCUUCUCCUGUCUCAUCUGCGGUCCCAAAGCUUGCAGCCAAUUCCACUGUUUCAAACUGUGCGAAACUUGUGGCCACAACUUCAUUUGUCAUCAGACAACUAUCGAAUGUCAAGAAGUGUACCUAAAUGGAGCUGGUGAGGCAGCGACUGGAGAUUUAGGUCCCGAUGUGGGUUCCUCCUCUCGUCCAAACGAGGAUCAGUUGAAUGAUAUUCGGAAUGCGAAUGUUGGAGGACAGCCGCGACCGAGAAGUGCCACCGCAUCUACUACCUCUUCUGGACCGCCGCGACCGAGAAGUGCCACCGCAUCUACCUCUUCUGCAUCCACCACCUCCACGUCCGCUGCCUCAACAAGCAAGAGCAAAUCAAAAAUCUUUGAAAGCUUCUUGAAAGAAACACUAGGCGAUUUUAUAGCCGAUCCAAAUCGAGCAGCCGGACGGGACCCAACAACUGGAGGAAAGCCAGCAGUCCCAAAGAUGACAGCAAGGCCCAAAACGGCAUCUGCGAGGUUACCAGUUGCCUCAAGCCGAUUGACCUCCGCAUCUGUGCAUGUCAACCCAUCUUCUUCGAGUGGAACAACAAGCAAGAAAAACACUGGAACAACUUCUGGUGGCGGUGGGAUGUCGAAAAAUGGAACUGCGGGUGCUGCAGCUGGGUACUAAUAGUAGUACUUAUUUACAACAUAUUUUGAUAUUUAAGGAAACAAUCUGAAAAAGAAAAUUUCACCGUCACGAUUCAGAUUUUCAAUGUCACCAUUUCCAUUCAAGUCUAAAGUGUGUACUACUGGUAUGAACAGGGAUACAAGCAUCGAAAAAGAUCAAACAUCCUUUCGUCCACGACCAGGCCAUCAGAGCAGCACCAAGUAGAGUUUCCCGUUUACAAUCGAUGGAAUCAAGAACCGCCUUCGCGACCGCAAUCAGCAGGCGCCGCACGCAGACCACAAUCCGCGACAAGACCCGCUUCAGCCAGACCACGAGGCCGUGGCGAGCCUUCGUCAGCAAGCUUUUAUAGUAGUUCUAGAACAAUGGGUCCUGGUGCUGCAGGUGCUGCAACACCGACAAGCAAUGUUGAAGGAAAUAGAGGAGGUAAGGCUAGCAGUGCCGCCACUAGUGCGACAAGUAGCAGAGCAGACGUAGAAGACCGUAUUCCUGCUACUUCAUCCUCUUCAUCGGGUGAUGCUAAGCGUGUCUUGUCAAGAGGGGACAUCGCAACUCCAUGGCUACGCGCUGCAGAGGAGUGGAAAAGAGAACAGCAGAGGCCGAUGAGCGCGAAUCCUCAGGUAUCUAGUACUACAACAACACAGCAGCCGAACAAAAAUAAGGAAGAUGUGAACUUCACUAGUACAGCUAAAGAUCAACUACAAGCUGCUUCAUCUAGUAUGACACCAAGACCUGGUUGGGUAACAAGCGAACCUCCGGAGAACCAUCACGCCCCUCCCAUGAUGGAACAUUCACCCAUAUCAGUCACUUCUCCCGUGCGAGAGACACAGCCACAACGACCAUCGUCUGCGCAGGGGUAUCGACAAUGGGUGCGGCAGCGCUCUAGUAAACAAGCUGCGGCAAGUAUUGUCGCCGCAGCAUACUACAAGAAUACGAGAAAUAGCGGCGCGAACAAUUCGUCUGGUGGUGCAAACUCGAACAGUAAGGCGUCCUUGUCUUCUUCGUCGACUGGUACAACAAGUGCUAAGGCCACUACAGGUAGUAGGAAUUUCACAUCCACCACUUCUGCGGGAGCAGGUACAGCUAUAUCCGCUGGCCCUACACCUAGGAAAACAAAUACAACUACAACACCAUCGUCGACCACUAGCACAACUUCAUCUAGAACGACUAUCAAAAAUCCUAAUAAUCCUGCUACUAGUGUCACAUUGAAGAGACCUUCAUCCGCACAAGUGAGUCGUAGACCAUCAUCUGCACAGGCUGCGAAGAGAAACCGGAACUUCAGUGUGGACGUAGAUGCAACGCAGGACGCGGCUGAGGAGCACUCCCUGUUUUCGAUGAAGGAGGAUGAACAAGGUGUCUUUGUUGUAAAUAGUGGAGCAGGUGGUGGAGAUAGUUCUUGUUCUGACGAAGAAGAGAAUCAUCCUCCUUUCGUGGAGGAUGAUGACUAUACCUUUUCCAGAGACCGACAUCUAAGAAUGAAUAUGAACAUGAUGAAGAUGAAGAAAGUUGCUCCACCAGCACGUAAUAUUAAAACAAAUGAGAACAACAACAAAAUAAGUGCAGCUAAAGACAACGCAGCCUUCGAUGUCGACGCUUACAAAACUUCUCGCCGUUUUCCUCAUUUGGAAGCCAUGCAAGAACACGAGCACGAAGCUCAAUCAACAAGUACUACCUUCUUCAAUAUUAACGUGCCUGCUGCAGGAGCUUCUCGAAGUCCGACGAAAGAAAGACCACAACAGGUCUCGGCAUCGUCAUCUUCGGAGAACAGCAACAACAAGGGAACAGUUGGAGAACAAUCUUCUUCUCCAUGGAAAACGGAACGUGCUUUCGAUCUAAAUGCUCAGCCUACACGGUUCGGCACUUGGACAUCGGAGAGUCAGUCACGACCAUAUAAUCUUCGAAGGCAGCGUGAUGCGUCCAAAUCUACCUCGUCGAUUGAGGAAGACAUUGACGACUUAGCUGACCCUCAGCAACAUCAGCAGCCAAAGACGCCAUUAGACGACUACGUAAGCAAGCUAGAACAGAGAGUAGUGGAGAUGAAUAGCACCAGAUCUUCGGACAAAUACAUAAGACAACGUGCGCGUCGGGUGGUGGCGUUACGGAGAAACCGAAGUUCAUCUUCGGAUCUCCGGCUCUUGCGUGGCUCAAGUACUCCAGAUGAGUCACAGUCGCCUGGUAAGAAACAAGAGCCUGCAGUGGGACAAGGUGCUGAGUUUUCGAGUGUGUCUAGUGGCGCAAGAUCUAGUGGAGUUGGAGCCACCGCUUCUGUUGUAGAUGUAGUAGGUACUAGCCACCCUGUAGUUGCUGUGGACUCAAAGAUCAUGUCGUCAAAGACGUCUGUCUCUGGGCAGUCUUCUUCGAGCAGUUCUUCAUCAUCCUCCGGACAAGGAGCCACGGAGACCGCAGCUUCUUCUAGUAGUGCCUCCAAGUCAUCCGCUAGCUCAGCUUCGUCCUGUUCCUCCUCAAACUCCUCUUCUUCGUCCUCAAGUUCUUCGUCUUCCGCGGCAACUCUGGAGGACCCAUGUUCAUCGUCUACCAAAACUAUUCCUCCAACAUCUGCUUCCUCAUCUAAAGUGAGAAGUAUCCAACAUAUAAGUACCUCCAAUAAAGAUUUGAACUCAACAGCUGGAUCUCAGCAGAUCCCGGUCCUGACUCCUAAAUUCAAGCUUUCCGAGGAGUACCGACGACGCCUUUACGGGAACAAUGGUGGCCCGCUGAACAAUAGUAGGAGUAAUGUCACCAGUCGCACAGUGAGCAAAGCAGAAGUGAUAUCAGACGCUGAGGACUCAGAUGAGGGCGAAAUCGACUACCUAUUCAAGGAAGAGGCGCCUCACUUGAGCAGUAACUUCGCCGAUAUUAUGAGUGAUGAUGAGAAGAUAGAGCUAGAGGAGGUCGAUGCAACUACUGCUAAAAAUAAAGACGACACGACUCCUGGCGCUGGUGCAGUCGACACAACUACUUCAAGUUCAACAAUGGUAGAAGUUGUACAAGUCGCAGAGACGAGGGAAAAAGAGACUGAAGUGACCGCUUCUGGCUUCGUGAAGGGCAACGAGAUCUUAAAGGAAGACAUCGUGAAAGGAUCCGACGAGAAGCAUACCGAUACCAGUGGAAGCGGUGCUGCUAGAAAAGAUUCUAAAGCAACUGUUUCUGCUCCCUCUGAGGAGUCGCAACAAGAUGAAAAGCCGCUACCUUCUAAACCUCUAGCUUCGACUGCAGCGAAUCGACAGCAGACCACCUCCGCAUCAGCAACUUCUUGUAGUACAAGUGCAGCUUCCUCAACGAAUGUUAGUCGCAGCGCGAGUAGAGAAAGAACGCUUUCGUCCUCUGCCUCCGCUGCUUCAUCUUCUGCCUCUGCCUCGCAUAGUUGCGACGAAAUUUCUAUAGAGCUAGGAGACGAUACUGCUGGUGCGAAGUCUGGAGGUGACAACGAAAAAGUAGUAAGCAGGAGAACCUCUAUAAGGACUAAAGAACGCUUGAAAAUUCCAAGUACACCAGCUUUCGGAGGGAAACUUGUUGACCCAUCCUCCUGUGAAAAAGGACUUCAACAACCUUUCUCAAGUACUAAGACUCCCCCGAGUGCACGAGGUCGCAGCUCAGCAUCCUCUAGUAUAGUAGAGCCAUCUUCAGCUGCUAAGCUUCUACGUCAGUUGGGAACACCCUUGUUUGGCACACCCUUGUGGGGUAGGAGUGUCUACCGGGACACCGAAGACGUGCAGGAAAGUGAUUUCGAUGAUCACUCAAAAGUCCUCUUCUCACCCGACUUGGAAAGUGCUCCUGACGAACAGCCUAAUUGUUUUGGAAAGAAUAUUUAUAGCAAUAGGGGUAGUUGUACUAGUACUUCGAUUGGUUCAGGUGGUACUAGUGGCGCUUUUUCUUCCACGACCACAACAAAAAAAGCAAAUCCAACAUCACCCUCUACGACGACAACAAUAAGCUGCAAUAGGAUGAACAAGAACGGUGCUACAACAACAACCUCCAGAACAACACCUUCUGCUCACCAGCAGAAAAACUUUCUCGCUUCGACACCCUCAGUAAUCCACCUUCCCACAGCUAGUGUAUGCCAGCAGGAAUUGUCAGGCUUCGAUGAGUUCGCUUUCACGGAUGAAGAACGGGAUCUGAUUGCAGGUUUGGAGGCGGACUUAGGAGGUCCUCAGACAAGGACAGCUACGCAGACGAGAACUGGUGUUGCAGGAGGGGCCUCUUCUUCUUCCACUAAGACUCCCUGCGGUGACGGCGAUUCUAGUACUGUUGAAACAGGACUCGGGAAGGAGAUUUUGACAACGACUGCUGCGAAUCUAGGAUCAUCGUCGGCGACUCAUGCGGGACAUGAACAAGUUGAACGUCUUAAUAGUAGCACAAUGGGAGGAUCCUCUUCUUCUUCAAGUAGGGCUAGGUCAGUAUCAAAAGGCUCCGAAGUGAGUUCUUCAGUCAAUACAACUACAGGAACAACUGCAGGUGGAACAUCGACUGGAGGCCGUUCUGCCUCGUUACGAGCUCCUAAGAAAUCACCACGAAGUUCACCAAGAGCUUCUCCUAGGUCCUCAGGAAAUGAUCGAAAAAAAGGACGCAAAUCACCUAGGAAGUCGCCACGCGUCAUGUUGGCGAAUGCGAACGAGCAACAUCAUGAGCAUGUUUUUACUAGUACUAAGGAUGGUAACACUUCUGCGACCAACACCAGGAGACCGACCAGUCCAAAUCCAGCACGGCCACAAUCUGCACGAAGUGCUAGACCUACUUCAGCACACCAGAAAGUCACAGUCGCUGCACCAACAAGGACCACUGUUGGGUUGUUUGACUAUCCGGAAACCAGUCAGUCUACUCCACAUAGAGGUGCUAAAAAUGGAGGUGGGGCAGCUGCGUGGGAUGAUAAUACAAAAACCUCCUCGUCACCAGUCGCGACAAAGGCUAGCGCUACCUUGUUCCAUCACCAUGGUAGCCACGAGAACAAGAACAAACCUUCUGAUCGUCCAGCAGCUCCACCUCCGGUUGACGUUGUUUUUCUGUCGGAUCAGCGGUCGCAGGUGAGACAGCAGCAGAAGCGCGAAAGGGAAGAUCGGAGGCGUGAGCUGGAGCAGGCGCGCGCAGAAGCAGCCGAACAACAGAUGUUGAAUCAGACACAGAAAAUCGACUUUCACCUCCAACAGGAAGGCGAACAACAAGAUGCUAGAGAUAAUUCGCCUCAGAUUUUGCGAACCUAUCUCAAUCGUGACAUGCUGCAUCAAGAUGAUGCUGAUUAUAGUUCGCCAACACCAGUUGUAGCACUAGGCGGUCGUGAUCAAAAUUAUCGACGUCCACAGAGUGCUGGUUCACGUGUUCCGGGCUCAGUACGCCCCCAAAGUGCUGGUGGAGGAAGAACAAGUACUCCUGCAAACAGAUCGUCUGCGGCAGCUCCUUCAGUAUUUGUUUUUCAGUCUCCACCGCGAGAGGAGGACAAUAGAAGGUCUUCAGCGAAAAAUGUAGUGCCUCCGCCCCCCCCAAGAAGUAGAGGAGCAGAAAAACUACUUCGUGGCGCUUCUACUUCUAGUUCCUCUUCCAAGAGAAAUUAUAACGGUACUAGCGAGAACGACAUCAAGAACUCAACCGGCGGCGUUGAAGAUGCUGAAGAACAAGAACAAGGUAGAGAUCCCGACCAUGUCGAAGACCACGCUCAUGUGGAUGAUGAAGGCGACAACGAACAGCAACAAAGUCCUCAACAGUUGUCGUGGUGGAAACGUAUGCACAAGACCUGGACCGCGCAGCGUACGGCGACUCAAAAAGGUGCAGCUGCACGAGCAGAUGCCACUAGGAAAUGGCACAGAAAGAAAAAAGCUGUGGACGAUGAGUAUCUCAAUGUAGAAGAGGUUGGUGGACGUGUAUCGUCUCCUAUGAAUUCGUUCAGUAACGCUGCGAAUAUGACAGCAGGAAUGUCAUCACCUGGAGGCGGGCCUAGAAGUAGCACUAGUACCAGACCGGGAUCAGCGAAAAAUAGAUCGUGGACUCAGCAUGAGUGGCGUAGCCAGAAAAGUGCAGCACAGUUAGAACAGGACCUCCUGGAAGCUAGAGGACAGCUUUUCGCUUCUACUGCAACGCCAAGAGGAACUUCUAGCACCACGACUACAGUUGCAGCAGGACCUUUAUUUACAUCAUCAGAAAGAAGCUCCACUACCUUGAAGCAGAUGAUAAGGCAGCGUCCCAUAAGUGCGCAGAACUACAGCAGUCGGCGGCCGUCCUCAGCGUCAGCAGGUUUGUCUCAUCGGCAAGUGAGGGAAAGGUUGGAAGCACAGGUUGUUGUAGAUGGUAUUAGAAGUGGUGAAGGUGAAGAUGAGGAACAUGCACCCCACCAGAACAAUAAGAACAGUAAGAACAAUCAGUUCAUUCGUGAAAAUCGAACUAUUACCUCGAUUUUGAAGAACGCAAGGCGGAAGGUGGCAGCAGGGGACUUGAUGCGAAGACCGACGUCGGCUUCCACUUCAGGAUCUUCAGAAAAGAAACGAGGACGAGGAGGAUCAUCAUCAGGGAACUUGAGGGUAGAGUUUGAAGAUCUCUUUCAACAUCGUGAGGAUGACGUGCGAGAAGUAGCUAGAAGUAGUAGUCCUAGUCCUAGUCCUACAAAACGUCUUCAAGAACAAGCUUGGGUCACGGGAACUCUACAUGAUCUAGCAAAAGGUCGAGUUGAUACUUAAGUAUCUAAUUCUAAUGAGCUUCAGUGUACUUCUUAUGUGAAAAAAAAAGCCAUUGUCUCUGCGGUCCUCAGGAAAGUUGACAACAGGGACGCGCGCAUGCAGCAUACAUUUGCUUCUUUCGGCUCUUGUCGUGUGCCUUCGGAAUUUCUUCUAAUCAUGAAUGUCCAGUGGCACUUGGAGUGAGACUAAUACUUAUCUACCCAGUGAUGUAGUACGUUGUAAAAGUCCUCUCCAACCACGCGCAGCUCUCUCACAGUUUUACUCACCUUCUCAUCGUCUUUCCCCGUCAUGCAAUGAACUUCUUACAUUCUAACUUUUUCUGGCCACGUAGGUAAGUAUACUUAGUACUUAUUUCUUAACAGUCAUGAACUACAAUUACAAAUACAACCAUUGAACAUCGAUCUAGUCAUUCAUUCUCACCCAUUCAUUGCAGAGCUUACGAUAUGGAUAUUGCUGUUUAAUUACGUUUAGUCAACAACAACUUAGUCCUUUUUUCUAGUAAACAAUAACAAAGAGUCAUUGCAGCUGCAGUACUAUCCCUAGUAAACGUCAAAGAGUCCUUUUCUAAACGCAACCAUAAACGUGCAUUAGCUGCGUGAGUCAUUAUGUGGCACCAAUGACGAAAACAAUAAACAAGUGCAUUUUUCAACGACAGUGUCGAGGUACGAAGAACUGAGCAAGAAGAGCAACAUUUGACCGAGCUGGUCAGGG